AUGUCCUCUAACGUCUCGAAAGCCGGGAUCACCACCGAUGCAACCGGUGCAAGCUACAUCCCCUCAUCGGUCCGUGCAGAUGGUUCCAAACGUCGAGAAAUUCGCGUUCGCCCUGGUUACAAGCCCCCAGAGGAUGUCGAGCUUUACAAGAACCGUGCUGCCGCCGCGUGGAAAAAUCGUGAAAAAAGCGGGGUGCCGGGUGCAGAGCCCUUGAGCAGUGGAGACGACAAAUCCGCAGCGACAGACGCCACAGCUGCCAGCAAUAAGAACGCAAAGCGCCGCGAAGCGAAACGUCAAGCGAAGCAGGUCGAGGCUUCGGGAUCUUCAAAUGAGAAGAAGGGACCUGGCUCAGACAAUUGGCGUGUGCCCGCCAAAAAGGACGAAACCCCCACUGAGCCUGAGCCCGUUGAUCUGGAGGCGGAGAAGGAAAAGAAAGCACGCAACCUCAAAAAGAAGCUCAGACAAGCACGAGACCUGCGCGACAAAAAGAACCAGGGAGAGGCCUUGCUGCCCGAGCAGCUUGAGAAGGUCAUCAAAAUUCACGAAUUGGUUCGGCAACUCGAAACGCUCGGAUUCGAUUCCAAUGGGGAAGCAAAGGAGGAUGGCCAGGAAAAAGCUUGA